AUGGCUUGGGGUAAAUCUGGCUCGCGUCAGCCCUCCACCUUGGGCCAGCUCGUCCCUCUCCUCAUCGUUCUCGUCAUCCUUGGGGCCAUCGCCUGGGUCGGCUACCAGAUCUAUCUCUCCGUUGCUCAGAUACAGGCCCAGGCCACCAAGAAGAUGGGCAAGAAAAACGUCGUCUUCACCAAGGACGGCGUCCGCGUCGGCGUCAAGCACGUCGAGAAUGAGCAGUACGUCGACAAGACCCAGAGCUGGGUCGUCAAGGCCUGGAACCUAGCCGACAAUGGCGGCGCCAAGACCCCUACCGACGUCAAGAAGAGAAAGUGA